UCUUCAACUUUCCACAUUGAAAUAAACAGCGACAAAUUCCCAAUUUCUCUAACUACUCUCAACUUUCGCAGCUGGGAAAACUGAAAACCGGAAAAGCACAUUGCCGAUGUCGAUCUGCAGCUCGUCAUCGUCAUCGUCAUCGUCAUCGUCAAGCUCUACAAAAUCAUGGAUCCUUCACGGUUUAGCUGUGGGAGCUGCAAUAGCCGUAGCUCUCGGGGCUCGCGCUUACGUUGCCGGAUCCAGCAAGUUACGGAGCCGGGUCAUAGGAAUUAUACCCGCCCGUUUUGCUUCUACUCGAUUUCAAGGAAAACCCCUAGUUCAAAUUCUCGGCAAGCCCAUGAUCCAGAGAACAUGGGAAAGGGCAAAGCUUGCUGAGACAUUGGAUCAAGUUGUUGUGGCAACAGAUGAUGAAAAGAUAGCUGAGUGCUGUCGGAGUUUCGGUGCUGAAGUGAUAAUGACUGCUGAAUCAUGUAGAAAUGGAACCGAGCGUUGUACCGAAGCUCUUGAAAAGCUUGGUAAGAAGUAUGACAUUGUUGUUAAUAUACAAGGAGAUGAACCUCUUAUUGAACCUGAAAUAAUAGAUGGUAUUGUCAAAGCCCUGCAGGCUGCACCAGAUGCAGUCUUUAGCACUGCUGUGACGUCCUUGAAACCUGAGGAUGCAUUUGAUCCAAAUCGUGUAAAAUGUGUGGUUGACAAUCGUGGUUAUGCAAUAUAUUUUUCACGAGGGCUUAUCCCUUAUAACAAGUCAGGCAAGGUUAAUCCUCAGUUUCCUUACUUGCUGCACCUCGGGAUCCAGAGCUAUGAUACUAAGUUCCUGAAGAUAUAUCCAGAACUGACACCAACACCAUUGCAACUAGAAGAAGAUCUUGAACAGCUAAAGGUCCUCGAGAAUGGAUACAAAAUGAAGGUCAUAAAAGUUGACCAUGAGGCCCACGGUGUUGACACCCCGGAAGAUGUAGAGAAGAUAGAGCGGUUCAUGCGCAAGAGAAACUUGGCUUAGAGUAAAGAGAGUUAUUUUUUGAUAACUUAUGCGACUGCUAGUGCUAUAAAGGUGAAGUUCUUUGGUUUCCAUUUGCACUUUGAAUUAACAUGUCAUUUGUCUUUCAGAGUUAUUUUUGUGAAGAAAAAGAAAUAGGAACUUACUGUAUCAACAACAACACUAACAUACCCAAUGUAAUCCCACAAGUGGGGUCUAGGGAGGGUAAAGAGUAUGCCGCCUUACCCCUACCUUGUGCAGGUAGAGAGGUUGUAUGUAUCAAUGCUGCAAAAAGUUCAUAUUUAGUUUUCUAUGAUGUGUAUGUUUCACUUAGGUAUUCAUUGCUGUGGUAAGGUUGUGUAUUCUUAUUCUUUAAUUGGUGGAAGUUAGAUUUUGUCGAUAGACAGCCCUCUCUGUGUAUGCCCAUAGUUGAGGUUGCGGGCUGUUGCUGAAAGCUAUUUUGAGAUAUAACUUGCCGGGAUUGUUUGUUGUUGUAUCUUCCAUGAGUUUGAUAAAUAUUUUCUGCUUUGUUUA